UCGUGCUGUUCAGCUUCUUCUCAAGCAUUCUGCUUUCCUGUGGAUUUCAGAAGAACCUGAAGCUGCUGCAGGAAUAGUCAAAAGAAUCUGUGGAGAACACAAUUUCACAUGAGACUAUGGGAGACCGUCACACAUUGAUGAUUGGAGGCUGUUGACACAUAACUAUGGCACUCAUAGAAGAUGGAUAGGCAGCGAAAAGGCAAGUUUUUUUUAAUGUGGAUGAUAUAGUACCUUAAGAAGUCGGUAAAGCUGACUUUAACGUCAAAUCGCGAAGCGUUUAUAAUAGGUUUUGCCGACAGCUUUUCCAAAUAGGAAAAACGGGCAAAAAGGCACCUGUUGAAGGGUAUUUACGGCUUAAUGAAGGGCCUGCAGCCCGACGUUUCCCCCCAUUCCCUGCGAGGCUGAGUGACGGGAGAGGGCAGCUGCCGUACUGCGUCUUUAAGCCGGUGGCUCUGGCGCUGUUCGCGGAGGGAGGUGCUGAAGCUGGGGAUCCGCCGCCGCCGAAGCCGCUCCGUGUCUGCAGCCAUUUUCCGCAGCCCGGGCAUCACCUGGACCGGCGGUCCUGAGCCGAGGGGAGCCGAACCGGGCCACGAUGGUUAAGAGGAAGAGCUUGGACGACCAGGAGCAGGAGAGCAGUAGAGGCAUCCCUUUGCCGAUCCAGACCUUCCUGUGGAGGCAGACGAGCGCGUUUCUGCGGCCGAAAUUAGGCAAGCAGUAUGAAGCCUCCUGUGUGUCCUUUGAACGUGUCCUGGUGGAAAACAAACUGCACGGACUUUCGCCGGCCUUGUCCGAGGCCAUCCAGAGCAUCUCCCGCUGGGAACUGGUCCAGGCCGCGCUGCCUCACGUUCUCCACUGCACUGCCAUCCUGCUCUCCAACAGGAAUAAGCUGGGUCACCAGGACAAGCUGGGUGUGGCGGAGACCAAGCUGCUGCACACCCUGCACUGGAUGCUGCUGGAGGCUGCCCAGGAGUGCCACCAGGAGGCAGGCUUGGGUCAUGGCUGGUCGGGCAGUGGAAGCAGUGCGUUCCUGCAGCCGCUGGGGAACCAGGGCUCCCCGGGAGGAGGUCCCCACUGCAGCGGCUCGCUGGACGAGGACGAGCAUGCCCGCGCCAAGCUCUUCCAUAAGAGCAUGGCCACCGUGGAGCUCUUCGUCUUCCUCUUCGCGCCGCUCGUCAACCGCAUCAAGGAGUCGGACCUGACCUUCCGGCUGACCAGCGGGCUGGUGAUCUGGCAGGCCAUGUGGGAACACCGGCAGCCUGACGUGCCGGCCUUCUCCGCCCUCAUCAAGCCCGUGAGGAACAUAGUGACAGCCAAAAGGAACUCGCCACCCAAUAACCAGUGCAGCCCCGGUGGUCCCAGCAACCCUGGUCCAAUGGGUUUCCAGGUGGUGUGUGAAACCACCCAAUCGGAUUUCUCCCCUGUGCUGACGGGCAGGCAGAGCUGUCGACGUGGAAAUUCUGUGGAAGGAGGCGGGCCUUCGCAGCAGCUUCCUCGAGACAGGGGGCUGGCGCAGAAGAAGUCCCACGGUGGCCUUCCCAUGAUGCAGCGGUCCCGUUACGCCACCUACUUCGACGUGGCCGUGCUUCGCUGUCUGCUUCAGCCUCACUGGACAGAGGAGGGCGUGCACUGGGCCCUUACCUUCUACCUGCAGCGUCUCCGGCAGAUCCUGGAGGAGAAGCCGGAGAGGCCGGCCGAACUGCAUGCCACGCCCCUGCCCCGCCCACGUAGCAGCUCCAUGGUGGCCGCUGCCCCCUCCCUGGUCAACACCCACAAGACACAGGACAUGACCCAGAAGUGCAAUGAAGAGGAGAAAUCUUUGAGCUCUGAAACCUUCUCCAAAGUGUCCAUGACCAACCUCCGGAGACAGGCCAUCCCUGACCUCGCCUCUGACCUGGGCAUGAACAUCUUCAAGAAGUUUAAGAAUCGGCGUGAGGACCGGGAACGCAAGGGCUCCAUCCCUUUCCACCACACGGGCAAGAAGCGGCAGCGCCGUAUGGGCGUGCCCUUCCUCUUGCACGAGGACCACCUGGAUGUCUCACCCACACGCAGCACGUUCUCCUUCGGCAGCUUCUCAGGCCUGGGGGAUGAUCGUAGGGGCCUGGACCGGAGCGGCUGGCAGGCUACCAUAAUGGGGAAAUUCACAAGGCGGGGCAGCACGGAUACGGCUGGAGACAUGGACAGCUUGGGCGCCAAGCACUCGCACUCUCACCACACUCUGCUGAGGGACUUGCCUGACCAUUCCAACAGCCACAGCGACAACACCGUCAAGGAAGUGCGUUCCCAGAUCUCCACCAUCACCAUGGCAACGUUCAACACCACGGUGGCCUCCUUCAACGUGGGCUAUGCCGACUUCUUCACGGAGCAUGUGAAGAAGUUGUGCAACCCGGUACCAGCGGCCGAGCUGGUCAGUGAACCUCUGGCGUGUGCCAACCUUCCCCGCAGUCUGACUGACUCCUGCAUCAACUAUUCCUGCCUGGAGGAGGGCGACAACAUCGACGGCACAAACAACUUCAUCCUGAAGAACGGCAUGCUGGACCUGACCGCCGUGAUGCACGCGCUCUAUGCGGUGCUGGCCCACGAUAUCAGCUCACGCAUCUGCGACGUGGCCCUCAACAUCAUCGAAUGCCUGCUCCAGCUGGGUGUGGUCCCCAACGCCAGGAGCAGGUCCAGCCACAUGGAAGACAAGGAGAAUCAUGAGACGCGCACCAAGGAGACCGUCGGCCAAACCGCCACCACCUCCCCGUGGGGCGUGCCCGGGGCCGCCGCGGGUGCACCUGCGGGGGGUGGCGGGGGCGGAGACGGCGGCGGAAGCGGAGGAGGUGGUGGAGGAGGUGGGGGAGGUGGGGGAGGCAGUGAAGAUGAGGCUAAGAACAACAAAGAGAAAGAGAGCAAGGAGGGUGCCCCCCCACUGAGCACGCACCGGCUGGCCCUCACCAUGCUCAUCAAGAUUGUGAAGUCUCUGGGCUGCGCAUACGGCUGCGGCGAAGGCCAUCGGGGGCUCUCAGGAGACCGGCUGAGGAUGCAGGCCCAGAGCUGUCUAACCCGGCUCUACAAGUUGGACAAGAUGCAGUUCCGGCAGACCAUGAGGGAAUACGUCACCAAGGACUCUCUCAACAAUGUGGUGGACUUCCUACAUGCUCUGCUGGGCUUCUGCAUGGAGCCCAUCACAGACAGUAAGGGGACGUACAAAGCCGGCUUUGGAAACAAUUUUACUACAGGGGACAGCAAGUCUGUAGCACAGAGCAUGGAGACGGUGGUCGUGGGCUGCAUGUUCAAGUCCCUGAUAACACGCUGUGCUUCCACCACCCACGAGCUGCACAGCCCAGAGAAUCUGGGCCUGUACUGUGACAUUCGUCAGCUGGUCCAGUUCAUCAAGGAGUCCCAUGGGAAUGUGUUCCGGCGAGUAGCACUGAGCGCGCUCCUGGACAGCGCGGAGAAGCUCACCACAACAAAGAAGCCGGAGGAAAAGGAGGAGCCCAAGCAGACUGGGACCAGAAGGUCCGAACCAGGGGAGAAGGGACAGCCCUCCACUACAGCCGACGAGUGCCGCAGUCUGAUCUCUAGCAGACCCCCCCAGACCCCCGAGCACGAGGAACAGAUUCCCGGAGCAUUGCUGGGUCGAAAGGACUUCUGGAGGAAGAUGUUCAAGUCGCAGAGCGCGGCUAGCGACACCAGCAGCCAGUCGGAGCAGGACACCUCGGAGUGCACGACAGCCCACUCGGGCACCACCACAGACCGGCGCUCACGCUCACGCUCUCGCCGCAUCUCGCUGCGCAAGAAGCUCAAGCUGCCCAUCGCAUGCCACAGGACUGUCCGCCUCCCACUCACCCUCUCUGUGUUACGAAACUGGCUCAAGCGCUCGUCUCUGUCGGGCCUGACGGACGGCGUGGAGGACUUGCUGGACAUCAGCUCUGUGGACAGGCUCUCCUUCAUCCGGCAGAGCUCCAAGGUGAAGUUCACCAGUGCGGUGAAGCUGUCAGAAGGCAGUGCGGUGGAGUACAGCCGGGACGAGGAGGAGAACUUCUUCAAGCGGCUCGGUAAAUGGCGGUCUGGCCGGCGGAACCCGUCCAAGCUCCACCACCCCGAAGAAAAAGAUGGGUGUCAUGGCUUCCAGGAGCGGCUGGCUGCCAGUCAGGAUGUUAUGAAGAACAAGAACGUGGUGAACCUGGGCGCCAUCCGGCAGGGCAUGAAGCGCUUCCAGUUCCUGCUGAACUGCUGUGAGCCAGGCACCAUCCCAGACGCCUCCAUCCUGGCAGCUGCCCUGGACCUGGAAGCUCCUGUGGUGGCACGGGCCUCCCUCUUCCUUGAAUGUGCCCGUUUCGUCCAUCGCUGCAACCGCGGCAACUGGCCGGAGUGGAUGAAAGGCCAUCAUGUGAACAUCACCAAGCGAGGCCUCUCUCGGGGCCGCUCCCCGGUGGUGGGCAACAAGAGAAACCAGAAGCUUCAGUGGAAUGCGGCCAAGUACUUCUGCCAGUGGGCCGAUGCAAUCGGUACCCGCCUGAGCGAGCUCUGCCACUCAGACAGUGAGAGUCCCGCCAACAUCCUGGGCUUCAUCUACGACGAGGAGAGUAAACGGCGCAUGCGAAAGGAGGAUGAGGAGGAGGACUUCUUAGAUGACAACACGGUCAACCCGACUAAAUGCUGCUGCCCGUUUGCCCUGAAGAUGGCCGCCUGUCAGCUGCUACUGGAGGUCACAACCUUUCUGAGGGAGACUUUCCCCUGUCUCCCACGGCCCCGCGCUGAGCCCCUAGUGGACCUGGAGAGCUGUCGCCUGCGCCUGGACCCGGAGCUGGGCCGGCACCGCUACGAGAGGAAGAUCAGUUUUGCGGGGAUCCUGGAUGACGAGGACAGCCAUGACUCGCUGAACAGCAGCAGCCACACGCUCAAGUCUGACACAGCCUGUGAUGACAAGAAGAACCAGGAGCCCCUAGCUCCAAUCAGGAAGAUCCGCAUCGGGGGCUCCCGCCUGCUGCAGAUCAAGGGUGCCCGUAGCUUUCGGGUGAAGAAGGGCGGCUCCCUGUCCUCCAUCCGCCGGGCCGGCAGCCUGAAGAGCACCAAGCUGUCCCGGCAGGAUUCGGAGUCGGAAAACGAGGAGGGCCUGCUGUCCCAGAGCAGGGACACGGUCACAGACAUUGGAAGUCCCUGGAGCACCAGUGAACCCAGCAUAGAACCAGAGGGACUCAGCACUGGUGGGACUGAGGAGAACUACCACCGCAACAUGUCCUGGCUCCACAUCAUGAUCCUGUUGUGCAACCAGCAGAGCUUCAUCUGUACCCACGUGGACUUCUGCCACCCCCGCUGCUAUCAGUACCACAGCCGCUCGUGCGCCCGUCUGGUGCGCGCCAUCAAGCUGCUCUAUGGAGAGGCGGUGGACGGCCCUGCUGCUAGCACUGGCCCCCGUGCCAAGAAGGCCAAGGAGUGCUCAGACAAAUCCUGCCUCCGGACACCUUCCAUGAAGAAACAGCCCACUGACAGCAACGCGGAGGGGAAGAAGGACACGGGCAUGCUCAAGUACAUCCGCAACCAGGUGAUGAGCCUGUCGCCUGCACCCUUGUCCCUGCUAAUCAAGGCGGCCCCCAUUCUGACGGAGGAGAUGUAUGGGGACGUGCAGCCAGCGGCCUGGGAGCUGCUGCUCAGUGUGGAUGAGCACAUGGCUGCAGCAGCCGCCGCCAUGUUCCUGCUGUGUGCGGUGAAGGUGCCCGACACAGUCACCGACAUGAUGAUGGCGGAGUUCAACCACCAGGAGGCAGGGCAGCGCAUAAACUCGGUGCUGAAGUUCUACACCCUGUGGCGGUUCCGGUACCAGGUGUGGCCCCGCAUGGAGGAGGGAGCCCAACAGAUCUUCAAGAUACCACCUCCAAGCAUCAACUUCACCCUACCCUCCCCAAUCCUGGGCAUGCCCUGUGUGCCCAUAUUUGACCCCCCCUGGGUCCCUCAGAAUGCAGGCAGUGUCCAGGACCCAAUCAAUGAGGACCAGUCUAAGUCCUUUUCAGCGCGUGCAGUGUCCCGGUCCCACCAGCGGGCGGAACACAUUCUGAAGAACCUGCAACAGGAGGAGGAGAAGCGACGUCUGGGCCGGGAGGCCAGCAUCAUCACUGCCAUCGCCAUCACGCAGGAGGCUUGCUACGAGCCCACCUGCAGUCCGCCUCCAGAGCAGGAGGAGGAAGCAGAAGAAGUGGUGAACCUGGCGUCCCGCCGCCUGUCAGUGAGCCCCUCCUGCGCCUCCAGCAACUCCCACCGCAACUACUCCUUCCGCAGGGGCUCCACCUGGUCGGUGCGCUCCAUCGUCAGUGCCGAAGAUGAGGAGAAUACCACGGAACACACGCCCACACACCACGUGCUCCAGCCCCCGCAGGCCGUGUUCCCAGCGUGCAUUUGUGCCGCCGUGCUGCCCAUCGUGCACCUGAUGGAAGACGGCGAAGUGCGGGAGGAUGGCGUGGCAGUGAGUGCGGUGGCCCAGCAGGUUCUGUGGAACUGCCUGAUUGAGGACCCGGCCUUGGUGCUCAGGCAUUUCCUGGAGAAACUGACGGUCAGCAACAGACAGGAUGAGCUGAUGUAUAUGCUGAGGAAGUUGCUGCUGAACAUUGGCGACCUACCUGCUCAGACCUCACACAUCCUCUUCAACUACUUGGUGGGCCUGAUCAUGUAUUUCGUACGGACGCCGUGUGAGUGGGGAAUGGAUGCCAUCUCUGCCACGCUGACCUUCCUAUGGGAGGUGGUGGGAUAUGUGGAGGGCCUCUUCUUUAAAGACCUGAAGCAGACCAUGAAGAAGGAGCAAUGUGAGGUCAAGCUGCUGGUCACUGCCUCCAUGCCAGGAACGAAGACCUUGGUGGUGCAUGGGCAGAAUGAAUGCGACAUCCCUACCCAGCUGCCUGUGCAUGAGGACACGCAGUUUGAGGCAGUACUGAAGGAGUGCCUGGAGUUCUUCAAUAUUCCUGAGGCCCGUUCUGCACACUAUUUCCUCAUGGACAAACGCUGGAACCUCAUACACUACUCCAAGACCUACGUGAGAGACAUCUACCCGUUCCGCAGGUCCGUGUCUCCCCAGCUGAACCUGGUCCAUAUGCUGCCAGAGAAGGGCCAAGAACUCAUUCAGAAGCAGGUGUUCUCCCGGAAGCUGGAGGAGGUUGGCCGCGUGCUCUUCCUCAUCGCCCUCACACAGCGCAUGCCGGCCGCGCACAAGCAGUCCCACGUCUCCCUGCUGCAGGAGGACCUCCUCCGGCUGCCCUCCUUCCCUCGCACCGCCAUCGACGCCGAGUUCUCCCUCUUCAGCGAGUCUCAGGGUAAGGAGUUGUUUGGCCUGGACACCCUUCACAAGGUCUUGUGGAUUAAACUGCUGGAGGAGAUGUUCCUGGGAAUGCCCAGUGAGUACCCCUGGGGAGACGAGAUCAUGCUCUUCCUCAAUGUACUCAAUGGGGCCCUUCUGCUUCACCCAGAGGACAGCGCCCUCCUCAGGCAGUACACUGCCACUGCCAUCAACACAGCUGUGCACUUCAACCACCUCUUCUCACUCAGUGGCUACCAGUGGAUCCUGCCCACCAUGCUACAGGCUUAUGCCGACUACGAGAGCAACCCACUGCUGCGGCAGGGUAUGGAGUUCUGUUUCCGUCAGUUCUACGUGUUGCACCGCAAGCCCUUCAUCCUGCAGCUGUUUGCCAGUGUGGCCCCCUUGCUGGAGUUUACGACCAGCACCAGCACAGGCCUGUCCAAAGGUGUCUCUGCACAGUGCCUCUUCGACCUGCUGGUGUCCCUAGAGGGAGAGACCCCGGACACACUGGAUGCCUUAGAGCUCGUCAAGGCUGAGAAGCCCCUCCGAUCUCUGGACUUCUGCUAUGGUAAUGAAGACCUGGCUUUCUCCAUCAGCGAGUCCAUCAAGCUGUGCGUGACUGUCGUGGCGUACGCCCCCGAGUCCUUCCGCAGUCUGCAGAUGCUGAUGGUUCUGGAAGCUCUGGUGCCCUGCUUCCUACAGAAGCUGAAGAGCAGCACCAUAGCCCUGGAGUCAGCUUCGGCGGCCCGCGAUGAGAUAGCAGCCAUCGCGGCCCUGGCAACCUCGCUGCAGGCCCUGCUGUACAGCGUGGAGGCCCUCACGCGGCCCAUGACAGCCCCCCAGAUGAGUCGCUGUGACCAGGGCCACAAGGGAGCGACCACAGCCAACCACACCAUGUCUGGGGGCGCCAACACCCGAGAUAAUCUGCACCUCCUGGAGGAGGGCCAGGGCAUGCCCCGUGAGGAGCUGGACGAGCGCAUGGCCCGCGAGGAGUUCCGCCGUCCACGCGAGUCGCUCCUCAACAUCUGCACCGAGUUCUACAAGCACUGCGGCCCUCGGCUGAAGAUCCUGCAGAACGUGGCCGGCGAGCCGCGCGUCACGGCGCUGGAGCUGCUGGACAUCAAGUCCCACAUGAGGCUUGCUGAGAUCGCGCACUCACUGCUGAAGCUGGCCCCGUAUGACACGCUGACCAUGGAGAGCCGCGGUCUGAAGCGCUACAUGACAGAGAUGCUGCCCAUCACCGACUGGGCCGCCGAGGCAGUGAGGCCAGCCCUCAUCCUCAUUCUCAAGAGGCUGGACCGCAUGUUCAACAAGAUCCACAAGAUGCCCACACUCCGGAGACAGGUGGAGUGGGAGGCAGCCAGCAGCCUCAUCGAGGGUAUCUGCCUCACCCUGCAACGGCAGCCCAUCAUCUCCUUCCUGCCCCACCUGCGCUCCCUCAUCAACGUCUGCGUCAAUCUCGUGAUGGGGGUCGUGGGUCCUUCCAGUGUGGCCGACGGGCUGCCGCUGCUUCACCUGAGCCCCUAUUUGUCACCACCGCUCCCCUUCAGCACUGCCGUGGUGCGCCUGGUGGCCCUGCAGAUUCAGGCUCUGAAAGAUGACUAUCCCCUCAGUCACGUGAUUUCGCCCUUCACCAAUCAGGAGAGGCGAGAAGGGAUGCUACUUAACCUAUUAAUUCCAUUUGUGCUGACCGUGGGGUCAGGAAGCAAAGACAGCCCCCACCUGGAGCAGCCAGAGGUUUUCCUGCUCCUGCAAACGGUCAUCAACAUCCUGCUGCCCCCCCGUAUCAACAGCACAUCACGCAGCAAGAACUUCAUGCUGGACAGCUCACCUGCCCACUGCUCCACACCGGGCGACACGGGGAAGGACAUGCGCCGGGAGGGGCUGGCCGAGUCCACCAGCCAGGCUGCGUACCUGGCCCUGAAGGUGGUGCUGGUGUGCUUCGAGCGCCAGCUGGGAAACCAGUGGUACCGGCUCAGCCUGCAGGUGAAGGAGAUGGCCCUGCGCAAGGUCGGCGGCCUGGCCUUCUGGGACUUCAUCGACUUCAUCGUGCGCACGCGCAUCCCCAUCUUCGUGCUGCUCCGCCCCUUUAUCCAGUGCAAGCUGCUAACCCAGCCGGCCGAGUCCCAGGAAGAGAUCACGGCCCGGCAUCACAUUGCCGACCAGCUAGAGCGCCGCUUCAUCCCCCGGCCGCUCUGCAAGAGCUCGUUGUUUGCCGAGUUCAACAACGAGCUGAAAAUCCUGAAGGAGGCGGUGCACAGUGGCUCUGCUUAUCAGGGGAAGACCUCCAUAAGCACAGUGGGGACUUCGACGUCUGCCUACCGGCUGAGCCUGGCCACCAUGUCGCGCUCCAACACGGGCACGGGGACGGUGUGGGAGCAGGACAGCCAGCCAUCGCGGCAGCCAUCGCAGGACACGCUGAGCCGCACGGACGAGGACGAGGAAGAAAACGACUCGGUGAGCAUUCCCAGCGUGGUGAGUGACCACGAGGCCUUCUUGCCCCACGUCAUCACGCAGCGUCGCUUCUCCAGCCACGCCCCCGGCGUUUCCACCCCCCAGCCAGAACCUGGCAUGAGCGCCAUGCUCCCCAGUCACAGCGAACCCAAUGUGCUAGAUGAGUCCCAAGGGAUGCUGGAAGAGGGUAACCUGUCUAGGGUGGCCAGUGUGCAGAGCGAGCCAGGCCAGCAGAACCUGCUCAUUCAGCCGCCACUAGGCCGUAAAAGAGGCCUGAGACAGCUGCGGCGCCCCCUGCUGUCCAUGCAGAAGAUCCAGAAUGAGCCACGGGGUCGGCCAGGAGCUCGACUGUCCACCACGCGGAGAAGCAUCCAGCCCAAAAACAAGCCUCUGGAAACUUUAUUGGACUGUGAAGCACAAACUGAACAGAAGAGGUCAGUGACCUUCACGGAGACCCAGCCCAACGUCACUGUGACGUCAGCAGCAGGUGACGAGGGUCCGGGUGAGGGCAAGAAGCUGAAUGUGCCCUCCCCUGCGGGAUCCUCCUUGGCACCCAUCACUGCAGACUCACACAGCCCUGCCCGAGGCCCGCUCUCUGCCACGCCUGACAACAGGGAGAAGGAGCCGAGAGCACUCUGGGGCACCCUGUCCCCCUCCCCUCGGUCCACCCCCACGCCACCCUCCUCCUCCCCCUUCCUUCCUCCGCUCCCUUUCCUGGAGACGCCAGCCCGCCCACUGCCCACCGACCUGGUCCCCGAGAGUCCUGAGGACGAAGAGACCUCGGUGCUACUACAGCACUCGGACACGGUCCUGCACAUCAGCGAGGACAACGGUACCGAGAACCCGCUCCUGGCCCCCUUACUGUCCCCUCGGAGGUCUCCCCAGCCACUGUCCCCCGUGGACUUGGAUCUGGAUGAGUCGCAUGUCUGAGUCCCCCUUAGCGCUGCCCCUCGCUGUGACCUUCACCUUCGUCCUGUCCCUCCCUCGGUCAUGCACCCCAACUGCCAAAGCCGCCUUUCAGAACUCGGGUGUAUGGUGUCUCCCGGCAGGGCUGCACCCUCCAGCCUCAUGGUGAUGAUCACUUGUCCUCGGGUUUAUGUUUAAAACAUAUGCCAGGGUAAAUGUUUGUAGUUCUCCAUGACGAUCCAUUUUUACCAAGUAUGACCGGCUAGAUUAAUCGUUCCUGCAAGC